AUGGCGGAUGCUCCUAACUACGCCGAAAUCGACAAGUCUGGCUAUGAAGAACUUCAUAGAGGUGAUGAGCUUAUCCCUGGUGAAGUAGAUCCUGACUGUGUGGAUGUACCAAGCGAUUGCUUUGGAAAUGGCUGGUGCGACAUUCGCAACGCAAAACUGACGGAGAGUGUUGACAUGCAGUUGGGAUAUUACCGAGCUUUCCCUCGUGCGUUUGAUCAUUCGCCUUCUGAUAUCCCCCCCAAUCACCCGCUCCGUGCUAUUGCGAAGAUGAUUGAUGAUUCUGAAGAAGGAUCGACAAUACGUGUCAAGUGUUAUCUCCUCACGGAUUUCUUUGCCAUUGAUCUGUUAUUCCACUACGGCCCCUACCGCGAGAUCCGUAUCAUUGUCGACGAUGCCCCGCGCGUUGUGGUUGAAGAAGCUGCUGCAAAAGAAGAAAGGGGCGAACGUGCCAAAAAGUAUACAGCCAACCAGAUCAAUAAGUUUAUGUACUUCUACCGCAGAGCAAACAGUUCUGUCCUAUUUCGGCACCUGGAAUUUCGAGUUGCUGACACUGACCAUCAGUCCAACCGGCACUGCUGCCCUCACGGUUUGUCUUCGAUGCACGAGAAAGUUGUCAUCACUUCGUCGCAUACUGCAUCUGGAAGCUACAAUCUUACAGGAUAUGCUCGAUGCAAAAACUGGGAAUCAAUCAAUGUAUUUCCCACUCAUGCCCAACAGAUCACGGACUUCGACACAGAAUGGGAGGCUCUUGCCUCCCGUGAAAUUUCUAUUGUGUAUCCAAAUACUUUUCCCGACGAUGUGCCUAAGAAAAGGUUCAAGGUCGCAUAG